AACCACCCAAAUUUUGCUUUCUUGUGUGAAACUAGAAAAUCCAAAAACUUCAUAAAUACUGUCUAUAGAAAUUUGGGAGUAGAAAAUAGAUGGGUUGUGUCUGAUCCUAUCAACAAAGGGAAAGGAUUGUUAGUUUUUUGGAAUAAUGAAGUGGUUAUUCAUCAAAUCCUUUGUAAUCCAUUUUGUAUUGAAGUAGAAUUCAGCCUCUCCUCUAAUAAUGAAAAAUCUUGGUUUAUUUUUGUUUAUCUAAGUCCCUGCAGGAGAACUCGAAUAGAACAAUGGCAGUACCUCAACCAUGCUAAAGUCAAUUGGGGCAGCAAGUGGGUGAUAGCAGGAGAUUGGAAUGAUAUCCUGUGCCAAGGGGAGAAAAAUGGAGAAAGAUGGAGACCAGAAGAGAGCUUUUGGGGCUUCAUAAAAUGUCUAGCAGACUUGGGGGCUCAAGAAAUAUAUAUGGAAGGCUACCCUUUCACUUGGGGCAACAACAGGGUAUCUGAGGGAUACAUUGAGGAAAAGCUAGACAGAAUGGUGGCCUCUCUUCACUGGCUUGAAUCUCACCUAUAUGCAAAGGUGCUCAACAUAUUUAAAAAUCACAGGAAAAGAAUCUUUUGUUUUGAUAAGAGAUGGCUCAAAAAAUCGGGCAUCAAAGAGGAGAUUCAGAGAGCAUGGAACCAGACAUCCUAUGGCUCCCCAAUGUACAAUAUCACUGAGAGGAUUAAAGCCACCAGAGUAGCCCUAUUGAAGUGGAGCAGAUCCUUUAAAACAGCAACUGCUAAAGAUAUUGAGAGACUCACCACUGAAAUGGCUGGGCUGAGAGAGCAAGGGGGUAAAAGAAACUGGGAAAGAUGGAGCAUUUUAAAAAAGCAGCUGGAUGAAGCAUAUAAAUCAGAGGAGUUGUUUUGGAAGCAAAAAUUCAGGGUGUUAUGGCUUAAAGAAGGUGACAAGAAUACAAAAUUCUUCCACGCCUUCACACUCCAAAGAAGAAAGCAAAAUGCAAUCUCAGGGCUAGUAAAGGAAGAUCAAACAGUUUGUACUACCAGAGAGGACAUAACUGACUGCCUCACAGGCUUCUACCAAAGCUUAUUCACUACAGAGGGGUCAGUUGAUGUUGGCAAUAUUCUCAGCUAUAUCCCAUCUACCAUUACAGAAGAGCAAAAUGACACUCUUGUGGCUCAAGUGACAGAGGAGGAAAUCAAGAGUGCUUUAUUCAACAUGCAUCCUGACAAAGCCCCUAGAUGGGAUGGUAUGACAC